AUGGAUUGCGGUUGGAUGUAUCGUAGACGUGAUACGUUGGAAUUCUUUAAUGGGAUCCAAGAGUUUUGCGAGAGUGCUUCACAAUAUCAUAUUAGAACGGGUGUGAAUGACCUUUAUUGUCCUUGUGUCAAUUGUAACAAUGUCACAAUGGUCGACAAUGUUGAUACAAUAAGGGAUCAUGUGGUUUGUCAUGGGUUUAGGCCUCAAUAUCAUGUGUGGGUUUGGCACGGUGAAAAGGGAUCGUAUAGGGAGAAUGUUGUUGGGAAUGAUACGCACGAUAAAAGUGUCGAGAUUCGUACGGAAGAUGAUUAUGGGACUGAUGAUGGUGGAGAUGGGGAUGAGGAGGGGGAUGAGAUCGAGGGUGGUGGUGGUGAUCACUUGGAUGAGAUGAUGCAUAAUGUUGAAGGUGAAUUUGGUGACCUAUGUGAUGUAUUUGAGUCAUUAUUAGAGGCUGCCAAAAAGCCUUUGUUUCCUGGGUCCAAAAAAUACACCAAACUCUCCGCCGUACUAACACUUUUUAACAUUAAGUCAAAGCAUAACUGGAGCGACACUAGUUUUACUUCUUUGUUGACUGUAUUAUGUGACAUGUUGCCUGAUGGGAAUGAACUUCCUAAGUCCUACUAUUAUGCAAACAAACUCAUGUGUCCAUUUGAGUUGGAGGAGUGUCCACGUUGUGGUAAGUCGCGUUACAAGCGAAAGAGCUGCAAUGCUGGUAUGAAGGGACCACCUGCCAAGCCCUUAUAUAUGUGGACCAUUAAUGAUUUUCCCGCAUACGGCAACCUGUCCGGGUACAAGAACAAAGGGCAUAAAGCAUGUCCUAUUUGUAUCGAUGACACACCAAACGUGUACCUUGAACACUACGGCAAAGAUGUGUAUGUGAGGAUCCGAAGAUUGCUUAGGCGCGAUCACCCAUAUCGCAGGCAGAAAAAGGCCUUCAAUGGGAAAGUGGAAGAGGGGGCUGCGCCUAAACCAUUGAGUGGAAAGGAGGUGUAUGGUCGAGUGAAGGGUAUACCAAAUGUUUUUGAGAAGAAUUUACCUAAGGCGUUGUUCCACUAUGAUGAGGAUGGGAUCGCACCAAUUGCAAAAGAGGAUGUGAAGGAAUUUCUAUCCGGUACCAUGCUUAACAUUUCCAUCAUUCAAGCUUUCAUGAGGGCACUACAGGAGCACCUUAUUAGUGGAUGCAAUUUCGAGGUUGCAGUUGGGUGGUUUUGCCUCGAGCAGACCUCCAUUACCAGAUGCUUAUGCAACCCUCGUGAAGUGGAAGAUUACCUAUAA